CAAGCGGUUUCCCCUUCGAAAUCACAAAAUCAUCGAAAAUAUUUCUUUUCUACCUCUUGCCAGUCCAGUCCUACAGUCAACGACAAAAUCCCAAAAUGCCUCCCAAGAAGAAGGUCGAGCGCGCCGCCACGGAGAACAUCUCUCUGGGCCCUCAGGUUCGAGAAGGUGAACUCGUCUUUGGUGUCGCUCGUAUCUUCGCUUCCUUCAACGAUACCUUCGUCCAUGUCACCGAUCUCUCCGGCCGCGAAACCAUUUGCCGUGUCACAGGAGGCAUGAAAGUCAAGGCCGACCGUGACGAGUCCUCUCCCUACGCUGCCAUGUUGGCGGCCCAAGAUGUCGCUCAGCGCUGCAAAGAACUCGGUAUCACCGCGCUGCACAUCAAGAUCCGGGCUACUGGUGGAAACGGCACCAAGACCCCAGGUCCUGGUGCUCAAUCGGCUCUGCGUGCGUUGGCUCGCUCGGGAAUGAGAAUUGGGAGAAUCGAGGAUGUUACGCCUACACCAUCCGAUAGCACGAGACGCAAGGGUGGUCGCCGUGGUCGUCGUCUCUGAGCGUAUUCGUCAGGCGCUGGUGUAUGGUAUUUGCUUCUACUACAUCCAGUACCUUGCCACUAUGGGAAAACAGGUCAAACGCUGCUGGAUGGGAGGAAAGAUAGGAUGGACUCAAAUACGCGAAGAACGGCUCUUUAUGCCUGGUCUUCAAAGCUGCUACUUCUCAGCAGUCAGAUGAUUGCAACGAGAAAACCGUACGCAUGAUGAAAUUCAUCAAUCAAACACAAAAACUUGAUCAGAA